UGAUACUCCUACGUAUUGCUCAUCAUUGAGAAAAGCGUCCCAAGUUACAUUUACAGUUUGGUUGACACUUUUUUUUCUCAAAAGCGAGUUACAGUUACACAAUUUACCCUGAGAUGGAACAAUUUGGUAAGCACCUUGCUCAGCGGUACUGUAGCUGGAGUUGGGAUUCGAACCUGCAACCUUAAUAAACUUUAGAUUGCGUUAGAACUAGGCGGAAGAGAAGACCAUCGCGCGCCUCCUUUGGCCAGCCGUCACGAGGACGGCUCGAGUCGUCGCGCUGCGCUAAGGUCCGCCUGAAAGAGCGCGGCAGGCGCGUCACCUCGCGCCACACAGAAAGCUCAACACGCCACGGCAACACGGGUGGAAAAAGUAGCUAACCUGACGUGGCUGUAGUUAAACCUUAGGUUAAACUGCCAAUGGAACAAUAUUAAUAUAACAAUAUUAAUAUUAUAUAGCGAUGUAAGUGCUGAUGUUUUCGUUUAAUAACGGUUUUCCUGUAAAAGUGUAGUCAAGGUAAAAAAACAGCGACGCGGUGGCUACGAAGAAGCUAAGGCUGAGAUGAACUGGGUCGGAGGUUCCCGGUACGAUCAGUACGGAACCGAUUAAUGAUAAAAAAUGACGCUCGGAAACAAAAGGAGUUCUUUGAAAAGAAGAGGGUGGAGAAGAAGAUGCAGGAUUUAGGGUUACCAGGAGCUCCUCAGGGACAAAGUGGUGGCAGUUUGGACCUGCUGACCUUGUUUAUUGUAAACCAGAUUGCAGCCAAAAAGGAGCAACACAGCAGCAUCAAACAUGAUACCCCAAAAGUGGCCCAUGCAAAUAAAGCAAAGAGAGUCCAGAGAUCUAUAAAAGAAGGCCCCAUAAAUUUACCCAUGAGUCCGUGCUCUCCUUCCCGCCUGUGUCUUGGAGAAAGUCAGCCUCACUAUGGCACCCAGGGCACAGUGUUAAAGAGCAGCAAUUUCAGACCUCAGACACAGAGUUAUGGACAUCUCUCACCUGUUUUGGAAUCCAGCUUCUCUGAUGGCAGCAUUUCCGAUUACCAGUGUCACCCGGCAGAUACGUUGAGUCCCUUCUCAUUGACUGCAUCUGACUCCUCCUCUGGAGUGUUUAAUCUUCAGCACAGGCCUGAGCUGAAACAGAGAAGAGACACAGUCACUGCAUCCAGGGGUUCUCAGCAUAUCCAGAACAGCUCAGUAACCAGAGUCCAGUUUGGAAGCAUGGAGUCAAAUUAUUUAGGGGGGAGAGGGCUUGCCUUGCAAACAUCAGUAGGCCACCGCAGUUUCAUUCAUGAGACUGGGGAGAACCUGGAACAGAUGCUUUUCCUGGACUUUGACGACAGAGCAGGCCAUUUUGAAAGUGAAAACUUUGAGACCAACAUUAAAGGAAAGUCAUCCCCUUAUUCUGCAGUGUUUUGUGAUCUGAAAGAAUCACAAUACACAUUUUCUGAAUGUGAUUUUUGGUCUCAGCAGGUGCCUGAAAGCACACAGUCAUUUGAACCAUCAUGCUGGAGACACAGCAGUGGAACUCCAAGCUAUUCUUCCAAAGGAGACAUCCUUAGUACAGAUUCAAAUGAUGAAGACCAGUGCCAGAGGAAAAGUGAGUCAUGGAGAGAGACCUACUCUUCAGACACCUCCACCGGCCUACUGUCUGCAGUCUGCUUACACGGGAAGACUAAAGGCACUGCGUAUGAUGUACUACAGGUGAAGAAGACAACACCCAACAGUCGGGGGGACCAGCAGAACCCAUUAUGUACUGGAGGUAUAAAGAGGAAGAGAGAAUGGAGAGGGGAACUGAAAACAGAACGAACUGAAGGAGCAGAGAACACAGUACAAUCAGCUGGGCUCAGUGCACACGUGCUACACGACCCUGCUGAAGGUGUGAAUGAGGCGAGCAAAGACGAGCUUGGAGCUGACGGGAUGACAUUCACACGUUCCGAAGAGAUGGUGGUGCUGCAGAAGAUAGCUAACAUACUCUUAAUGCUGAAAGAAAAGAGUGGCUCAAAGUAAAGGAGGAAAGAGGUACACUUCUGGACUGAUUGUGAGCAUUCUGGUGUUAGAACUUAAUUCAACAUGCUUUAACUCGCUGUAAAGCUGCAGGGAGUUUGCAAUAUUAGGGAAAAAAAGUCAUUUUGUGGACUCAUUUUUUAUUAAAGCAAAACCAAACAGUGAUUUGUUGUUCAUUUACAUACUCAAGUUAGAUUUCAUGAAUAAAGUUUUUAUACAAAGAUAAAUUCUAGUAAAAUAUACAGCAAAAACAAAUUUACUGCACAUAACUCAUUUUACCUCACCAGCAAUUCAUAACCUGUGCAAACAUUUUUAGUGCUAUUGGUUUACAUAAAAAAAUUGCACUUUGUUUACUUAAACAUUACAUCUCUCCAUUCUUUAAAAAGAUAUAAAUACAACACAAUGGGCUGGUGCAACCUGAAAAUCUCUUAUCAGUGUUCUUAAAGCACAAUUCAUUAAAUACCAUAAAUCUCAGACAGUUCAUAUGGAAUACUUAAUCACAUUGCACAUGAUUUUAGAACUGGUCUUUACUUGAAUGGAACGUGUAGAAAAUAAACAUGUAGAAAUAAACCUGAAGGCAACACAUUUCAAAGACAUGGCUAUUUAGAAUAAGAAUUCCUUUAUAUGCUUUAUUAAGUUUGAAUAUUUUAGUUUUAAUUAUUUUAGUUUAACUCCCAAUCCAUUACUAAAUAUUACCAGUUAUCACAGGGACACCCGUACCCAUGUCCUGCUACAACUAACAGGUUACAUUUUAAAUUCUACCCAAAAUUGCUUUCUUUUGAGGUCCUUGCAGCUGCUUGACACCUAUGCUGUUUUAAUCUGACAAUGUUACAGUGCAUAAUCCCAGAAUCUCAGAGAUAAACUAUAGAUUAUUGAUCACAAAGCAUUUUAACGGCAUUAUCGGCAGUUUUCACUAUUGGUCGGGAAAAAGCUGUUCUGCACUGAUGGAUAAUGUUCAUAGUAAUUUCACUUAGAUCACUGAUUAAGUAAUUCAGCACAAGAUGGGCACUAAGCCCUAAUACUUGACUAUAGAGGUUUAAACUGCUACCUAAAGAUGAUUGUCAUUACCGUACUCCAGGUUAAAAAAAGAUUACAAAUUACAAAACCAGAAGAUUACAUAACCCACUCUCCUAUUUAAAGAAUAUAAUAUGCAGUUUGGUUUUUCCACACAGCCAAAGGAAGGCUGAAAAAAAUGUUAAAAAUAUUUAAGAUUUUUUUUGAGACCAAAAGAAUGUUAGUGCAUGAUUUCAUUUUCUGCAAUGAGUUCCAAUUUAUGUAAACAUUAACUUUUUUGUUGAAAUGAAAGCACACUGUAAUACCCUUAACAAAAAUGUCCUUCUUGAAGCUUUUGUGAAGAGCAAUGGUCCCACACAUUCAUACAUCUUCAUGGUUAGUUAGCAAUGGGAAAACUACUGCAACUGAAAAAGAAUUUUUUUUUUUUAUUAAUCAUAAGAGUGAAAUGGAGUAAUUAUCAAUUACA